UUGAAAGCUCAACAGAGAAGAAGCAACCACCAACGACGAAACUCAGAAAAUACCAAGAACGCCGGAACAGAUUACACUGAAGGAAACAUUGGGGAGGGGGGAACAAAUGCUGAUUUCAUGGCAGUCAUAACUGACACCAAGAAACAGAUUUUUUUUACAGACUCACAGCAUGCCAACUGAAUACGUCCUGUUCCUGCUCAUCUUUCCCAGCCUGUCGGUGGGAUGCUGCGGGAGUCAAUGGGAAAAUAAAGCUCAUCAGCGGGACACUACACAUCUACACUACAGAGCUGUGGAGGGGGAGACCUUUACGAUGCCCUGCAUUAUAUCUUCAAACCAAAAGACCAAAUGGCUCAGGACAGGACAAGGUGGAGAAGAAAAUAAAGAUCCACCGUACCCCUGUGGGACAACAAUCUUAGCUGAAAGAAAACUUUCUGCAAACUACACAGACCUCACAAGAAAACGGAUCUUGGUUCUAGAGGUGGUGGAGAAACCUACGUCGAGAUGCUUCCAGCCUGAAAAGAAGAGGGGAGUAACGGUGCUUCUGGCUGUUGGAGGGAAGCUCACCUGCCCAGAUUUCACCUGCAGCAACAACACAGAUGUCACUUGGUAUAAGGACUACAUACCUGUGAAUACCUUCGAUUCCUGUGAAGAGGAGGGAGUGUUACGUCUCUGCCAAGUCAGAGAAGCUCACCAAGGUUUAUAUUUCUGUGAUAGAAGAACACGGGAGGGAAACGUCACGUGGAUGCUCAGGAGGCCUGUUCUCGUCAAAGUUGGACCACGAAGCACGCAGAGUUACCCACCUAGGAUUACAUAUCCUGUCGACAACAACAUGGAGGAAGUGGAGCUUGGUCUCCCUUACAAUCUGACCUGUGAGGUAUUCUUUCCUCUUGAAAUUGAAUUUUUUCCAAAGGUAGUGUGGUACGUGAAUUACAACGGCAACAAGGAGAAUAUGACUCUGCUGCCCUUGGAGGAGCCGAUAAAGAAGAGAGAGAUACACGAAGAGAUCAAGAUCACACAGAUUUCCAUCAUAAAAGAGGUGACGCCACAGCACUUGAACCACAUGUACACCUGCAGCACGCAAAAUACUGAUGGAAGUAGCAGCGUCACAAUCAAGCUAAAAAGGAAAAUUAAAGUCAUAUGGCCUUGCCUGGUUGCGUAUCCCAUUGUGUGCUUCCUGAUGUUAGCUAUGCUGGGAGGGAUCUUGCAUUUGAAAAGGCUGGAACUGCAGCUUAUCUACAAAUCCUACUUUCAAUAUGGAAACCAUGAUACAGAUGAGAAACAGUUUGAUGUGUUUCUCUCGUACGUGCGGAGUCCUUCACCAGUAAAGACGUCAGAAGGUUUCAGUCUUUCCUCCAAAUCAGGAUCUUCCAAAGAUGUGGAAGCAUGUCAAUCUACCGCAGACCUGCUCAGCACAGAUGAUGCUGAAUCCACUCAGGGGCUGCUGGAAAUGCUGCUGCCCCAAGUGCUGGAGGACCAGUGGGGGUAUCGCCUCCAUCUGCUGGACAGAGAUCCACUUCCUGGAGGAGCAUAUACAAACGAUGUGGUCCUUGCGAUAGCAAGAAGCCGAAUGCUCAUCUGUGUCCUGUCAGCAGACUACCUCACCAGCAGCAACGCUGUGUUUGAGCUGGAAUCAGGAGUCCAGGCUUUGCUGCAAAAGUCUGCCCCCAAACUCCUGCUAAUAUGGACGAGUGGAGCAUCAGGAUCCCUCAACCAGGUCGACCCUCCGCUGCCUGCACUGGUCCAAAAGGCCCUGAGGGUGCUGCCCAGUCUGACGUGGAGCUCAAGCAAACCGGCCACAGCCGAAAGCAAAUUCUGGAGAUCCUUGAGGAAGGCUAUGCCACACGCAGGCAGUGAGACCGGCUUCAGUCAUACGGCAUCAAGCACUAAAUUGUGUUAG